CACCAGAGGUUGGUUUUCGGUCGGAGGGUCGGAAGAGUUCCAACUGCCUGCAAAACUGACGUCGACGUGCUAGAACGCGCGUCCGAGUUCUCGUGUCCAACCUGUUCGGUGAGCACUGCGUACCGCGUCUUUGCGCAGAGAGGCGUAACGGGCACAGCGGGACUGCGGCUAACUGCCGCGUGCGCGCACGCGUUCUCUCGUUAAAGUGAGAGAGUAGCUGCAGGUGACUUGGACAAUUGAAUUUCUCUGCGUUCCCAGGCCUUCCCAGUUCAGGCCAGCUGCCGACUGUGUAGCCUGCCCUGAUCUCCCAGCAUGGAGAUUCCCAAAGAUGUCAACUCAAGGCCAUACCUGGGCCCGACAGGUAAAGAAGGAAGAUGAGGAAGAGGACCCCCUGGACCGGCUGAUCUCCCGUUCUGGCUGUGCUGCUUCCCAUUAUGCAGUACAGGAGUGCAUGGCCCAACACCAGGACUGGCGCCAGUGUCAGCCGCAGGUACAGGCCUUCAGGGACUGCAUGAGUGAACAGCAGGCAAGGCGGUGGGAGGAGCUGCAAAGGAGGAAAGAACGAGGCCGUCCCACAACUGAGACUCCAAACCGCCUAUCCCCAGAGAAUGGCCCUGCAGAAACUAGCACCCGGAGAGAUCCCGGGAAGAAGUCCUGAACAGCGGAAGUGUGGGCCAAGAGGUAUAAAACUCGGGGACUAUCUUCAGCUAAGACUGACGUUGAAAGCUAGGCAGCCAUGGGUUGGACAUGACUGCUGUAAAGAGCUGUGGUAUUUUCAUGGUGAGAUACCACACGUCUUCACCCGUCAUGUUCCACCAAUAUUAAAUAUUGACUGGUAUUUGCCAAGUAAAACAAAGAGUGGGGUUAAUGGAUGGUCUUCUGUCCUACAUCUUGGGUCAGUGUACCAAGUACUGAUUACAUGGACGCUUAAUUUGAAAAGUAAAUUCACAAUCUAAAUGUAAAUUGGUUACCUCGUCAGGUCUUCAUUUAUUCAUCAUUGGUUCAACAUAUGACUGACAAGUUUUUCUAAGACCUUUCCUUGUGCCAGCUACUGUGUGAAUGAAUAAUAUGAUCUGAUGUGAUGAAUAAUAGGAUCUCUUUCUUCGUGUUACUUAGUCUGGUUUGAAGGGUGGAAAGAAAACAACAUUAGAACAACUAAUUACUAGCCAUUAUGUAAGUGCUUUUAUCUUUCCUUGGUUGAUCUGGAUAUUUCAUUCAAUCUAGUAGAAGGAAGAAAACAUAUGGGAAAAUAAACAUUGAGUUCCUCUUAUAUACCAGACAGAUGCAGAGUCUGACCUCGACAUGCUCACAGCCCAACA